AUGGUUGCCCGGACGAGCGUCGGCGCGCCCAUGGCACAGUCGGACCUAACACGCAAUCGACUGCCAACGCUCUUCGAGGUGCUCAGCAGAAGAACGCUGCCGCCGGUGGACUUGUUUUCGUUCUAUAUUUACAUGCGAGAUCAGCAGCGGUCUGUUGAUUAUCUGGACUUUUGGCUCGACGUCGCGCAGCACAUGUCACUAUGCCGCCACUACGUCCGUGAACUACGUCGCUCCGUGCUCGUGGCCACGCCCGACAUGGAGCGGGCCGGCGGCGCCUCGAAGCGAUCCUCGACGAUCCUCGACAGCAUGGGUGAUCUGGAGCCCCGGCCGGCCGGGCCGUCCAUGUACGCCACAGAGAGGGAAAAGAGCCAAGACGCGCAAAUGUCGGCGUUCCUGCGGGAGGAGCAGUCGGAGCGCGAGUCGCCGCACACAGGCUCGCGGCCCAGCCCGGCAGGAGCCAGUCCCCGCCGUGACCUGACCGACUCUAACUCACCCGCGCACACCGUCUCACGCCAGGACAUCCGGGCCUCGGCGGAGAAGAUUCUUUACACUUUCUUGCUACCCGGUUCCGAGCGCGAGAUCAUCCUGCCGGGCUCGAUCACGCAAGACGUCAUCAGUGCCAUCGAGGAGCACGGCCGCGACGACCCCGAGGUUUUUGACACAGCAAAGGACUAUGUCUUCCAGGCAAUGGAGCGCGAUGCCUUCCCAGGCUUCCUACGCAUGAAGGCCCUGGGCAACCUAAUCCCGCCCACGCUGGUGAUGCGUCUGAUCCUCGGCUUAGUUGCCAUGUUCGGCGCCUUCUGGACCGCGUUUGUCCUCAUCUUUCUCAAUAAGAGCAGAGCCACAAGAUGCUGGGUCAUUCUGCCGUUCACAGUCGGCGUAUAUUUUCUCGCGUCGUACCAGUAUUCUCUGGACCCCAUCAUGGCACUCCUCGGCUUCAGCGAGUACACGCCAUUUAACUUUUCACGCAUCCGCGAACCUUACGUACGCACGCUUCUCGUGAAACGAGCCUUUAUUGUCCUUCUGGUGACGGCUCUCAUCACCGCCGCUCUGUGCGUCCUGUUCAUCUUUGUGCCUGGCAAACGGCUGUAA